GCGGCGGUCCGGGCGCGGGCUGGCAUGUCGGCUCUGACGCGGUUGGCGCCUUUCGUUCGCGGCGGAGGCAGCCUCUUCAGAGGCCUCCGCCCGCGGGCGGCUGGGAGCGGAGUCCGUCAUGCUGGUGGUGGUGUGCACAUCGAGCCCCGGUACAGAGAGUUUCCCCAGCUCACCAGGUCCCAGGUGAUCCAGGGCGAGUUCUUCAGUGCAACCAUGUGGUUCUGGAUUCUCUGGCGCCUUUGGCAUGACUCCGAUGCCGUGCUGGGUCACUUUCCAUAUCCAGAUCCUUCCCAGUGGACAGAUGAAGAAUUAGGUAUCCCUCCGGAUGAUGAAGACUGAAAGUAUGGACUCAACUCUUUACAAGAGCCAGGUGAGAAUUUCAAGAAAUUACAGACUUCAUUUUGUAUAUUGAAGUUGCGAAUUAAAGUGUUUUGGUCAUGAAUGAGGAA